GUAACAACAAGGACACACACAGCAAAAAAAAUCGUCAAACAUAUCAUUCGCAACUCAUUGUGAACAAAAAUCGCGUGAAAAAUUAGCAAAUAUUCAUUUUCUAUGACGUAGUGCUUAGCGAUAGCGGGAAAAUUAGUGAUAUUUUGUAAAAAUUAAGCAAAAAAGUGCCUCUGAAAAAACAUUUUAGAAAAAAAAAGUCUUAGCUUUGACAGUAGAACGUAGAAAAAUAAAUUUGCAGAAACCGUUUCUCGGGAAAAUCUGACAGCACGCCACGAAAUUGCGGGAAAAAAGUGAAGAAAAAGCAUUUGUCUUGAAAAAAAUCAACAAAAAAAUUCAAAAAAUCCCCGAAAAAUCGUAAAAAAUGCAAAGUGUUGAUUGAUUUGCAACAGAAAAUUUUUUGCACUCAAUAUGAAUGAAUAGUGCAUCAAAGACAUCUCAUUAAAAAAAAGUGCAAAAAAAAAAUUUUUUUUUUAACGUAAAAUGCCUUCACCGUCAUCGUACGCAGAAACACGAACAUUUGAACAGCCAAGUUGCGAUAGACGCUCAAAGAAUAACGGCUUAGUGAUCCGGAGUACGACAAAUCCCAAUUAUCUGCACAACAAUGGCGUGCCCUCGAUGAAUCUCGACGACAACAUGACGACGACGGGCGACGGAAAUAUCUCAUUAGAACCGUUGCAGCAUCAGCAGCAGCAGCAACAAAACGACCAAGCAGCGACAAGUGCGUCGCAGCCAUGUGAACAGCAAGCAAUUGUGGUCAAUUAUACGAGCGGCGGUGCACGGAGCUCUGCCGUGCCGCAAAUAGUCAAGUUUUCGCACAACAGUGUGCAGGACAGGAAACAGUGCUAUUGCAAAGUGAAAGAUAUCCGAUCGAGGAUUUUAGUGUUAAUUGUAGCGGUGCUGGUGCUGGGCACGGCAAUUGGGGCGCUCACGAUGUAUUUUUCAGGGAAUUUGCAGUGUGGAAGGAAAAAUGUUGACAGCAGUGAUAUUUGUCUAACUGAGGAUUGUGUAACGGCGGCUUCGUCGCUGUUAUCGGCGAUGGAUAGAACAGCAGAUCCAUGCAAAGAUUUUUUCCAGUUUGCGUGCGGCGUUUGGAACAAGAAACAUCUGAUACCUGAGGAUCGAAGUUCAAUUAGUACCUUUGAAGUGUUGGCGGAUCAACAGCAAGUCAUUUUAAAAGGAGUUCUUGAGGAGCCCGUAGAUGAAAAUGACAACAAAGCAACAAUUAAAGCCAAAAUGUUCUACAAAAGUUGCAUGGACUUACAACAAAUCCGCAAAAUUGGCAUUCAACCAUUUCUGGAUGUUCUCAAAUAUCUCGGAGGUUGGCCCGUCAUCGAAAAGAAUUGGACAGCGCCGAAUUUCAGCAUUGAAUGGCUCAUGGGUCGUUUACGCGGCGACUUCAGUGAACCCGUUCUCGUUGAAUUUUACGUCGGCGCCGAUGACAAAAAUUCCUCUUCGAACAUUUUGCAACUCGAUCAACUCGUUUUGGCGCUUCCGUCACGCGAUUAUUACCUGAAGCCCAGCAGCAAAGGAGACUUGGAGGCAUAUCAUCGUUACAUGACUCAAAUCGCUCGCUUACUAGGCGCCUCCUCCGACGCUUCGAAAGAACUAAACGACAUCAUUCAAUUCGAAAUUCGCCUGGCAAAUGCUUCGUCUCCCGAAGCAGAUCGUCACGACACGAGCGCCAUCUACCGGAAAUUGACACUUUCGGAGCUGCAAAAGGAAGUGCCCGAGAUCGAUUGGCGCGAAUACCUGCAAGAAACUGUCGGAGACAUCAAAUUGAAAAGAGACGAACCUGUUGUCGUUUAUGCGUUGCCGUAUCUCGUCUCGUUGGGGAAAAUUUUAAAGACGACAGAUCGACGAGUUGUUCAUAAUUACCUUUUGUGGCGCUUAACAAUGUCCAUGAUGACGCACAUGAUUGACGAAUAUCAAAGGGAACGAGUUGAGUUUAGGAAAAUUUUGUUGGGAAUUCAAUCGGAGCGACAUCGAUGGUCUCAGUGCGUUGAAUGGACCAAUAAAAAACUUGGAAUGGCAGUUGGAGCGUUGUUCAUAAGAGAUAAUUUUAAUCAGGUGAGCAAGGAAACGGCGUUGGAGAUGAUUCAUAACAUCCGGGAGGCAUUUAAUGAACUGCUGGCUGACAUUCAUUGGAUGGAUGACGAAACGAGGGCAGUUGCGAAGGAGAAAGCUGAUGCGAUGAACGAAAGGAUUGGGUAUCCGGAGAUUUUGACGAAUCCGCCAGAACUGGAAAAGGAAUAUGUGAAUCUCACAAUUGAUGAAAACAACUUCUUGAACAACGUUCUGAACAUUUUACGAUGGGAUGCACACCGAAAUAUGCAACUUUUGAGAAAACCCGUCGACAAAAACAAAUGGGCAACCGAACCUGCAGUUGUCAAUGCUUUCUACAAUCCAAACAAAAACGAUAUUGUUUUUCCCGCUGGAAUCCUUCAACCGCUCUUCUACAGUCAAAAUUUUCCGAAAUCCUUAAAUUAUGGAGGAAUUGGGGUCGUUAUUGGGCAUGAAGUUACUCAUGGAUUCGAUGAUAAAGGACGCCAAUUCGACAAAGACGGAAAUAUGAUGCAAUGGUGGAACAAUGCGACGAUAAAAGCGUUUCGUGAGCGUGCCCAAUGCAUCAUCGAUCAGUAUUCGCGUUACAGAAUCGACGAAGUUGGCAUGUACAUGAAUGGGCGCAUGACACAAGGGGAAAAUAUUGCCGAUAAUGGAGGCUUAAAGCAGGCUUUUCGGGCUUAUCGCAAAUGGGUCGACAAACACGGUCCCGAACCACGACUUCCGGGCCUCAAUUUGACACAUGAUCAACUUUUCUUCCUGAAUUACGCCCAAAUUUGGUGCGGCUCGAUGCGUCCUGAAGAUGCCCUCACGAAAAUUCGAUCGUCAGUUCACUCGCCGGGCAUCAUUCGUGUCAUCGGACCCCUUUCCAACUCCAAAGAUUUUGCAGAAGCGUACAAAUGCCCUCUCGGAUCCCCCAUGAACCCAACCAGCAAGUGCAGCGUUUGGUAAAAAAUGAUGAAAUUCGUACAAAAAUCUAAUUUUUUAGCUCAAAGAAUUGUCGUUUCACUAAAAAAAUAAGAAAUUUUUUUGGAAAAAGGAAAAAAAUUAGGUUAAACCACAUUUUAUGAUGAAAAAAAAGGAAAAA